AUGCGCGUUGCUGUGGCUGGCUCUGGUGCAAUGGCCAGAUAUAUUUGCGAUGAGUUUCCGAAGUAUGGACACGAAGUGGUCCUACUCAGCCGUACAAACAAAGAAGUCUUCCAGAAUUGGAACCGGGUUACUCAGGUGGUAACUGAUUAUUCGGUUUCUUCACUAACCGACGCCAUACUGGACUGCGACGUGCUUAUCUCUAUGAUUCUAUCGUACACCGAAGAGUUUAUCGACGUCCACCUCAACCUUAUCAAAGCUUGUCAGGCCAGUCCACGAUGCAAACGAUUCAUUCCCUCGGAAUAUGGGGGUGACCUUGAGAGAUAUCCUGAUGUUCCUCUCUUUUAUUAUCUGACUCGAGAUCCUAUUCGAAAGGCUCUGCAGGAUCAAAAGGAGAUCGAAUGGACGCUAGUCAGUGUUGGAUGGCUGGUGGAUUACGUUGUACCUCAACAAAAUCGAUACCUUACGGAUGCCGGGGAAGCGUUUCCCAUUGAUAUCACAUCCAAAAAGAUUACCAUUCCCGGCACUGGGAAUGAUCCAGUGGACGUUACUGCAGCCCGCGACUUGGCAAGAGCCCUAGCUCUUCUCAUCAGCAAGUCCUCAUGGGAACCAUAUACUUACAUUUCCGGCGAGAAAACCACAUGGAAUGAGCUUGCUAAGUUGGUGCAACAACAGUACGAGGAAAUGAAGGAUAUCCAGCAUAUUGGCUUAGGCCAGAUACUACAUACGAUUCAGUCAUCAAAUAAUGAGGUGGAUGUCUUAAUGUCUCAUUACAAACUCAUUGUUCCUCUACGAGCCUGUUCCCUGGACCCCAAGAAGGUCGAGGCUCAUCGGCAGAAAUUCUUCUCUGGAAUGACUUUCAGGAAGCCCCAUGAGCUUAUCGAAGAAGCGCGUCAGGAUCCCAACAGAAUUGUCUAA